UACCACGAGAAAAACUACAACAACUACGACUACAACAACAACUACUACUACUGCUCCUCCUUCAACUACCAGAACAACCACAACUAAAAAGCCCACCAAGAGCCAUUCUAAAACAAGUCACCACACAGAAACAGAAGGUGAAUUGGACUUUUCCGAAAAGCAACCUGAACCUUUACGUCCUCCUCCUAGAAAACAUGUGACACAGGCCCCAAGAGGGAAAGCAUUACUUGUGGACCGUGGUAGAGGUAGAGGAGGUCCAAACCCAGAUUCAGACUCAGUCAUAAACCUGUCUGUUACAGAAGCUCCUCAAUCCGUCACACAACCAAUGCAGCUCGAAGACAAGCAUGUGGGGAGGGAGAGAGAGAGAGUGAACCAGAAGAACAAUCCUGUUUGGACAAACAGACGAAGACCCCCUUACAGACGGGGCAGACCCCCACAGAGACGGGUUCGACCUCAGAAACCCUCCCUCCCCUCAUCACACAAACCACAGACGACACUCCCUCAACCCGCAACAACAGUGGAAAAACAAGAAUCUACUGCAUCGCAAAACGACAAUUCUAAAAUGGAGGACAAUAUUACAGAACACAUACCCACUAUUUCAACACAUGAUGACAAUGAGCCUGUUGACCCGAUCAUUAAGCCCAACACUGCUACAGACAAAUCAGAUAGCAUUGACAUAAAAUCAUUAACACCAGAGGUGAAAGACCCUAGUAUAGUUAACCCAUCAAACAGGGAGCAUGUGCCUGCACCAGAGACAAUCACCUCAGCAGAAAAUCUACCUCCCCCAACUGAGGUGCCUCGACAGGAGAGGACAUGGGAGAACUUAAAUAAACAGGAUGUUAUUAGACAGACUACCCAAAACAGGCAAACAUCCCCAAAGAUAACAACAACAACAAAGCCCACUCAUAUUAAUUAUGACAUUCAUUUAAAACCUAAUUUGUCACAUGAUACGGUUGCUAUGGCAACACCCGUCCUGACUAAAUUUGACGUUUCAGAUAAAGGAGCUGCAAAGCCAGAAACCCCUUUAACAAAAGUACAUUUUCUAAAUCCAACUCCUAAAAAAUCACAAGAUAAGACACAAACACAUUUGAGAACCGUUGCAAAAGGCAGUGCUGCUCGGGAGGACAUUCUGAGGAACACACACAGAAACUCAUAUAAAAAGGAGGAGGAUCACUCUCAAAUGAAACCUGACAGUCCCAGUCUCCCCAUCCACCCCUGGAUCUACCAACAGAACGUCCAAAUGAGAGUUCAAACCACCCCUCCACCCCGCGCUCCCACCCCCUAUUGGCCUUAUAGCCGCUUCCCAGUGUGGCCCUCAGGUCAUGGUUCAGGGCCACAUCCUGCCUUUACGGAGAGGCCCAUGCUUUUCCCCCACCCAGGGGGCCGGGGCGUUGGGGUCACCAAUCGACCAGAAAUCACAGCUGAGACUGUCAGGCCCACAGCGUUCAUCUCUGCUUCACCGGGCAGUGGCAUGGCAGCCUCACUGACCUCCCACCCGCCCCACAGGGGCCCAGGCCAGGCCAGCAGGACCCGACAGCAGGACCUCUUAAUGCUCUCCAAGCUCAGAAACAGAUACAGACAGGCUCAGCUGGACCGUAUUUUACAGCUAGGGAAGAGAGUGACAACUAAGCCCAAGAUCAGUCACCCUACACCUAGACCUCACUACCAGCCUCCCACUCCAUCAUACAACUACUGGCCUGUGCCGCCCACCACCUCCCUCCCCGUGCCCACCAACAGGCCCUACUCCACAGCCAGUGUCCUGUACGGCAGCCGCUGGCACUACAGCCACUGGGGCCCGAAGAGGCUGAGCACGGCCCUGCCAUUCCCCAACCUGAUGGGUAGUGGGGUGAAGCCUAGGAUCAGCUCUGUGAACACAGUCAGUGUGUCUGCCCUGGCUGAGGGUGAUGUGCUGCUGCCCUGUGAAGCAUCAGGAGACCCACAGCCAGCGCUCUCCUGGACUAAAGUCUCCACAGGUGCAACCGUCCAAGCCAACACAAAACACGGACAGAGAUUUGAAGUUGUAAAGAACGGCACCUUUGUGAUUAAAAACGUUCAGCUACAGGACAGAGGCCAGUACCUCUGCACAGCACAGAACACAUUUGGCUCGGACCGAAUGGUCAUUACCCUGGCUGUGCUGACCCAGCCUCCCAAAAUCAUAGGUCCCCACUCCAGAGAGGUCCCAGUGUAUUUGGGGAAGGCUAUAAGCUUAGACUGUGUAGCCUCUGGCAAGCCCCAGGCUCAGAUCUCCUGGAUUCUUCCAGACAGGACCUUUGUGCGUGAUGUGGGAGCUUUUGACAGGUCAGCCUCUCUGCUGGCUAACGGCACCCUGAGGAUCCAAUCAGCUAACUUCUCCAGUAAAGGCGACUAUAGGUGUAUUGCUAGCAAUGCGGCCGGGGCUGACACAGUGACUUUUCACAUCCACGUGGCAGCGCUACCGCCCACCAUCAACGAGGAGGCCUCGGAGAGCAUUGUCAUCCAGGAAGGGAGAAGUGUGUACGUCCACUGCACUGCCAAGGGAGAGCCUGCGCCCGUGCUAAAGUGGACCCUCCCUGCAGGGGUACAUGUCAAACCCUCUCAGUUCCUCGGCAGGAGACUGUUUGUCUUCCCCAAUGGGACGCUGUACAUCAAGAACAUCUCUCCGGAAGACUCUGGGAGGUAUGAGUGCUCUGUGACCAACGCAGUGGGCGCGGCCAGGAGAGUUCUGUACCUGAAGACCAGGCAGGAGGUCCCCAGCCUGCGACUGUCACACCACCCCUCCCAACAGCACAGAGUCACAGCCAUGUAUGGCUCCACUGUAUACCUGCACUGUCCAGAGUCCACUGGCUCUCCCCGUGGCACUCUGUGGCAGCUACCGUCCAAAACAUUGCUGGAACAUCGCUACAGCCCUGAGAGACCUGUCACCGUGUUUUCCAAUGGGACCUUACGGAUCCUGCAGCUGACUGAAAAAGACGGAGGUAGCUACCUGUGUAUGUUCCAGAGGCCCAACGGUGAGGACAUGGAGCUGUUCCAGGUGCAGGUGCUCAUGAUGCCACCUAAGAUCGAACAUCUGGCCACAGCUCAGAAGAGGGUGACCUCCGGGGAGAACUUCCAGGUGGACUGUGUUGCCUCAGGCCUCCCUGACCCAGAGGUGUCCUGGAGCCUCCCUGAUGGAACCAUGAUCAACAACGCCCUACAGUCGGACGACAGCGGCACCCGUUCUCGCCGCUAUGUCAUCUUUGGGAAUGGAACACUGUUGCUGCAGCAGAUGGGAAAGAAGGAUGAGGGGGACUAUACAUGCCAUGCUAAGAAUGAACUGGGGGAGGAUGAGAUGAAGGUGAGCAUCAAAGUAGGCCCUGACUUUCCCCGAAUCACAUCCAAGGCUCAGUUGUUGCUCACGGCCCGACUAGGAGAGUCUGCCUAUAUGACGUGUCAGGCGACUGGGGAGCCUCCACCAACCAUUGUGUGGCUCUCCCCAAGCAAUGAUGUCAUCACAUCCUCUUCAACCAAAUACCAAAUCUUAGAUGAUGGGACUUUGGUGAUAAAGAAGGUGACUUUGGCCGACCAAGGGAAGUAUGCUUGUGUGGCAAGGAGUUCUGCUGGGGAUGACAUCAAGAACAUUAAGAUACAAGUAGAACCAAGAGAGCCACACAUCAAUGAACAAGCUGGAAGAAGCAGUAUGAAAGUGUUGGCAGUAUCUUAUCAGACAACACUGCUCGACUGCAGAGCGGAGGGCAAGCCUGAGCCACGCGUUUCCUGGGCCGCACCCUACGGCCUCUCUCUGCCAACACCUUACCUGGGAGGACGCUUUCAAGUCCACAAGAAUGGGAGUCUAGAGCUACGUGGAGUGAGGAAGACAGACGAGGGUCAGUAUGUGUGUUUGGCCAAAAAUCACUUGGGAGAAGCAAGCCUGGCAAUUGAGCUUGAAGUGGCAUCCAUAGCAGAGAAGCCAAGCUUCGCCAUGCCGAACAUUGAGAUUUUACCAAUAAAACAAGAUGGAAGUGAUGUCACUCUGGAGUGUCCUGCCCGCGGUAAGCCAAACCCAGAGUUUGUUUGGAUCCUGCCAAAUGGCACAGCGCUGAUGCCAGGCACUAGACAUCAACACUUCACUCACUAUAGAGGAAACGGGACGUUGCGCAUCGCCCAGCCAGUGACAGCUGACAAAGGGGUUUACCGUUGUCUGGCGAAAAACGUGGCUGGGACUGCAGAGAAGCGAUACGCUCUAGAACCAGGAAGAAAGCCUGUGAUUCGAGGCACAACAGGGAUCAUGAAGAUCACGUUUGGCCAAAUUCUCAACCUGCCGUGCUCUGUGGAUGGCUGGCCACAGGCCUCAAUCACAUGGACCCUACCAAACGGCCUGGUCCUGGACAAGCCCCAGGUUAUUGGGAGAAUUACAUUUUUAUCAAACGGCACGCUUCAACUCAAAGAGGUCGCCACAUUUGACAGGGGAACCUACGUCUGCAAGGCCACCAACACAUUUGGGUCAUCUGCGUUGUCAUACCCAGUUGCAGUUAUGGUGUAUCCUCCAAGUAUCACAAACGCACCCCCUUCCAUCACUAGAGUCCACAGAGGUUCAUCAGUAACACUUAGCUGCAUCGCUGCAGGCAUACCAAAGCCUGAAAUAACAUGGACUCUACCUGGAAGAACCACACUUGUUCCCAACAACCGUUUCACGGCACAGGGAGGAAUUCACAUGACAGUUGAGGGCAGCUUGGUCAUACAAGACCCAGUGCUUAUGAACUCAGGGAUUUACAAAUGCAAUGCAAAAAAUGCUCUAGGAAGUGACUUCAAAGCAACAUAUCUUCAGGUGAUCUGAGCCACAACCAAACAGAAGUGCCUAAUCUAAUCUGACAAUUACACUUGAAUGUAAAACCUAAUCCUCUAGAAUACCAUAUGUACAGUGUAAUUAUGUAACCUUACCAUUAAUGUGCAUAUUAUAAGAGGUAAAAUAGUGUGAACUCUAAUAUCACUUACAAGGAAAGGAGAAAAAGGUCUGCUAUAAUUGUUGGCAGAAAUAUAAGCAUAUAAAAACUUGACAGAUGUGACUUAGGGAAUGCUCUCUUUUCUUUGAAUUUAUAAAUAUUCCUGUAUGUAAAUAUCUAAGUAUACUGUGUUGACUGAACUCACAUUGUUGGUUUAUCUAUAUGCCUUUUUUACCAAGAUACAGCUUGCAGGUGCCUAGUGUUACUUCUGACAAUAGAAAAAAUAAAAGUGAAUCACUUACA